GACAAAAAGGAGAGCGACAAACACUUCCUGUCUAAAUUUUGUUUUCUCUCCUUCUCUCUCCCUCUCUCGGUUUCUCAAUCUUUCUUAUUUUUUCCAUAAUUCUGAAUUUUUCUUUUCAACAAUCUCCGGCUAAAAAAUGCCCUUAGAGGCUGUCGUAUACCCGCAAGAUCCAUUCGGAUAUCUCUCCAAUUGCAAAGAUUUUAUGUUCCACGACUUAUACUCUCAAGAAGAGUUCGUAGCUCAAGAUACGAAGAACAACAUUGAUAAGUUAGGGCAUGAACAGAGCUUUGUGGAACAAGGUAAGGAGGACGAUCAUCAAUGGCGAGACUAUCAUCAGUAUCCUUUGUUGAUCCCUUCGUUGGGAGAAGAGCUUGGUCUUACCGCCAUUGAUGUGGAGAGUCAUCCUCCUCCACAGCACCGGAGGAAGAGGAGGAGAACGAGAAACUGCAAGAACAAGGAAGAGAUCGAGAACCAGAGAAUGACUCACAUCGCCGUCGAGAGAAAUCGCCGGAAACAGAUGAACGAGUAUCUGGCUGUGCUCCGUUCUCUAAUGCCGUCGUCGUAUGCUCAAAGAGGAGAUCAAGCGUCGAUAGUAGGAGGAGCUAUAAACUACGUGAAGGAGUUAGAGCAUAUUUUACAAUCUAUGGAGCCGAAGAGAACUAGGACUCAUGAUCCCAAAGGAGACAAGACUAGCACUAGCUCGUUAGUGGGUCCAUUCACAGAUUUUUUCAGCUUCCCACAAUAUUCUACAAAGUCAUCAUCAGAUGUACCGGAAAGCUCAUCUUCACCGGCGGAGAUAGAGGUUACGGUGGCAGAAAGCCAUGCGAACAUCAAGAUAAUGACGAAGAAGAAACCGAGGCAGCUUCUUAAGCUCAUAACUUCUUUACAAAGCCUAAGGCUCACUCUUCUUCAUCUCAAUGUCACCACUCUCCACAACUCCAUUCUCUACUCCAUCAGCGUCAGGGUACGUACAUUUUCAACUUCUCAUCAUUACUUUGUUUGCUUUUGGGGUAAUCAUGAGAUUAAAGUGAGUAAUGACUGUGUGUGUGGUGCAUAUGGUUUCACUUUGUUGAUUUAUUUUUUUGUCUCUUAUUGUUGGGGGGAAAUUUUGGAUUAGUACUAUUGUGGUUAUGCCUGGGCUUUAAAAAGGUUGUGAAGAAAAAUUAAAAUCAUUCUCUUUGUUUUUUUCUUACCUCCUUUGGGUACUUAGGGCUGGGGCCUCAAUAGUUGUGGGUCAAACUCAUAAUCAUCAUUUUGAUUAUUAUUUUUGUCAAUAAUAAAUUGCGUAUCUUAAUCGUGCCUGUAAGAAUCAGGGGACCAACCUAAAGAAACGAAACACGAAUAUGUGUCUAUCUAUAUCCACGAAUUGUAUACGUGGUGUUGUGUAUUUAUAUAUGUUUAUGUAUAUGUUUAUGUACUGUGGAUAUAUGUUCGGUGGUCACAUAAUUGUAGAUGAGAUAUGUACGGACAACGAAGUGAGUCCACCAUUUGUUUCAGGAGAUAUUUAGCAAAUAGAAAGAUAUUUUGUUAUAGUUAUCUACAUCCUUCUAAUUUUGUUUGUUG